AUGAUUAAUUUACGGCGCUUCCGGUCUUUACGAGUCCACCAGAAUGCCUCACAAAUGCUCGAAGCCGGUCGCCUCCAGGAAGAACCUGCCUGGUACCGUGUCGUUGGAUCGAUUCCCCCGACUACAUCUCUCGUUCGAACAAUUCCACCACGGCUGAAGGAACGGAAAAACCCAUGGACAAAGAAUCACAAACCAAGCCGAAUGUAUAUGCCUCAAAAAAUUGAAUAUCCUGAAGACAAGCUACGUACUCAGUUCUACAGAGAUCAUCCAUGGGAAUUGGCAAGGCCAAGGAUUUUGGUGGAAAAUGAUGGGAAAGAUUAUCUAAAAUGCGAUUGGAGCAAGAUGCUGCAGAAGGGAAAGCCGCUAGACGGUGAAAGUGUGGUGCAGCGGCAGUUAUGGUUAAUGGAAAAUGAUCCGGACGAGAUUACCGCGGAAAGAGCAUACGACAUGGCCCGAAAGGAGUUUUACGAUCUCCGUUUGCAGGAGGAUAUUGAACGUCGUACCGCUAUUGAGGAGGCUAGAGCGUGCGGAGCCACAUUCGGAAAAUCCUAUCUGGAGCUCGGAAUCGAGAUGGAAGAGAAAUAUCUGGAGCAAUGGAGGAAGGAUACAAUUGCCUUUAUUCUCAGGAGACGACAGAGGCAGUCUACUUUCAAGGUUAUCGAGUUCGCUUCGGCCGCUGCCGAAGAGGGUUUUAUACCAGCAAGUGAGGCAGAGGAGGGAGAAGGAGGGGAAGCCGUCGAGGCAGAAAAGGUAGCAGUUGCUACCCCAUAA